UGGAAAACGAAGAAGAAUCGAUGGAAUGGAAGUAAAGUUGAGUAUAAAAGAGGAAUGGAUCAGAAUCGUUGGUAUCAGUUCAACUUUACAGAUCUUUAAAAAAACAUUAAACAUUAAAAUAAAAAUCAAUCUUAUAAAAAUGGCAAAACUUAUUGUGUUCCUCGCUUUUGUUGCCUUAUCAAAUGCUGGAGUACUUGAAUAUUCACAGCCCACCAUCAUCAAGCAAUUCCAACCGACAAUCAUUAAGAAAGUCGUAGAAGCUGAAGCUCCAGCAAAUUAUCAAUUCCAAUAUGAAGUUAAUGAUGCCUCAACUGGUGAUGUUAAGUCACAACACGAGAAGGCUGAGAAUGGCGCUAUUAAAGGAUCAUACCAACUUAAUGAUGCUGAUGGUUACGUGAGAAUUGUUGAUUACACUGCUGAUGAUAACAAUGGUUUCCAAGCCACAGUCCGUCGUGAGCCCUUACAAGUUGUUAAGAAAAUCAUUGCACAGCCAGCAACAGUCACAAAAAUUAUUCAACCAGCCAUCACAAAAGUAUUCGCACCAGCUCAUGGAUGGGCGUAAAUGAAAUGUACAGGAAAUUUUACAAAGCAAUUAUGAAAUCUCUCAUUCCUUAUGAUUAAAGUUUUAUUCAGUCAGUAAUUGUUAUUUUAAGUAAAGAAAAAGAAAACAAAAAAAUAUGAAAAACGCACGUUUAUAAAAUAAAAAUUUUGCAAUACCCUUCAGAAUAUAG